AUGGCUCUGAAUACAGAACGCGCGACAUCAGGAGACGCAUACGCCAAAGAUCAUGAUGCCGGCGUCGACAACGAGCGCCAUAGCAGCGCAAUGGAGGCAAUUACGGGGACUGUACAAGAUGGCGGCCAUAUUCGCCUUUGUAUCUGCUCCGAUCGAGAGGCCGUGACGACAGUGUUUUGGCUGGGACUCGGUUCAUUCACUGCCACAAAUCCCGUCGGCAACCCCUUGGACAGCAUUCUAGAGAAGCCUAAGGGUGGCCCCAUAGCCGACAGCAUGCCGUUGCGCAUCAUGUUCAUAGGAGCAUCGAUGACCCUCGGCGACCCCCCACAGGGUGCCUAUCGCAAGCAGCUACGGGAAUGGCUCGUGUCUCUGGGCAAUCCCGAACGCUUCGGCGACUUCAAGAACAACGACGUCCAAGCCUUCCCUGCGACGCCAGUCCAGAUCCUUCACGAAAAGGCCAAAGAGGCCGUUCCGCGCAUGCAGCCGAACCUCGUCAUCAUCAACGCGGGGUCGAGCGACUGCUUCCAGGAGGACCACUGGGGCUCGGCCCACGCGCUGGACCACACGCGCGACCUGGUCGACUUCCUCUUCGAAGCCGCUCCCAACACCACCGUGAUCCUGUCGACCCUGGUCAUGAGUCCGGACCCGACCAAGGAGCGCUGCAUCAGGAGCUUCAACGCGCAGAUUCGCCAGGCGGCCAUCGACCUGGAGCGCGAGGGCCGGCACGUCGCCAUGGCCGAGCAGCACUACGACCAGGGGCUGCGCGGGCGCGUGACUGCCGAGUUCAUCAAGUCCGACGACAUGCAUCCCACCUUUGAGGGAUUGGAGAUGAUGGGCGAUAUCUUUAAGGAGAGCAUUCGCGAGGUCGAUGCCGAGGGCUGGCUGCGAGCGCCCGUCGAGAACGGCAUCUGGGCCGAUGGCGAUGCGGAGCGGGAUGCUGAAGAGGCUGAGGAGGCUGGGGCUAAAAAUACGGGUACGGCUGUUACUGAUGACAAGUGGAAGGGGGAGGGCAAGAACGCGAGCGUGGUUGGACCAAAGCCCAGACUGUUCGGAGGUUCGGAAGUGAGAGUAAGGGGGGAGUACCACAUUCUCGAUAAAAGAGAAGGAAGCUUUGAUUUCCAAUGCGCUGAGAUCGAGUGGUGCGGAUACCUGCAGUUGAAGGUAGGGAUUCAUGGCGGACUGGAUAUCGAAGACGUCGUUGCCGGGGUGAACCCAAUAUCCAGGGGUUUGUGGAUUCCCAUACGCAGGACGGUGGGCGUCGAUCUAUCGGUACUGGCGCUCGAUUCUGUGCUGCACGUGACGAUGUACCAGAAGCAAGUUCAUGAUCGCCGUCCCGCGUAUCUCCAUGUAGUUGUUGUGGUUGCGCUGUAUCGCAUCGAGAAAGAAUGGGCUGUAUGGUUGCAGAAGGCGGGCUCACACUUGGCCAUCUUUCCCGAUGCAGAGUCCCCACAGGAAUCUCCGUUGCGGGAUCGCUUCCAAGGCGAGAUCAAUUAUCUCGUAGAUGAUUUCGUUGGGGAGUUGAAGGUAUCGAGGCGACUGGAGUUUGUUCUCGUUGGCCAUGCUCGCGGCAGUCGUCGUCCAAGGGCAUAG